ACAAAGCUCUCCCAUCCUCAAAAGGAAAGGAAUGGCCACCCCAACGUUAAAAUCGGACUCUCUCUCGUAUAUAAACUUGCGUUUCCCGGCGAAUUCACAAUAACAUAGACAGAGAGAGCGAUUGAACAAUGAAACCCUUGUGACCUUUCUCUGAUCGAUUUUCCGUCAAAAUUAAAAUUUUCCGGGAAAGUUGGUGCGAGUAGUCGGAGUGUUUGCGUUUGUGUUUGUGUUUGCUAAAUGUAAAUGGUGAUGUUGGGGGAAGAGAGGGAGAGAGGAGGAGGAGGAGGAGGAGGAAGAGCAGAGAAGUUGAUGGCGAUGGGACCGGAGAGAUCGAAGCCGUUGCACAAUUUCAAGAUGCCGUGUUUGAAGUGGGGGAAUCAGAAACUUCUGAGGUGUAUGAAGAUGAAUCCGAAUGGCGAAGACUCUUCUUCCUCCGCUGAUCAGAGGUUUUUUUCAGCUUCCAAACUGGAUAAGAAGGGUUUGAUCGAGCCGCGUCGGAGGGAGGAGCUCGAGAAGUCGCCGUCGCCGGCGGAGAGACGGCGGAAAUCGAACGACGGAGACCAGAGAAUCGACGCGUUUAGGACCAAACUGAUGUUCCAUCUCCAGACUGCGGCUGAUAAGAUUAAAGAUGCGAUUUUGAGGAAAGGUUCGGAGGAGGAGGAGGAACGGCCCGCCGCGGCGGCGGCGGCUUCAGUACCGGCGGCGGAGGCGGAGACCGAAGCUUCGAGGCCGUGGAAUUUGAGAACGAGACGAGCUGCGUGUAAGGCUCCGAAUGGAAUGAACGGAAACCUAAUAAUCGGUGGCGGUGGCGGUGGCGGUGGCGGUGGUGGUGGUAAUGGUGGCGGAGCAAAGAGUUUGCAGAUUGAAGAGCGGAAACCUAAUUACUCGCCGUCGAGAACUGAAAACAAAUCUCCGAAAUUGCGCGGAGAUGUCACGGCCGCCGCCGCGGAGGACUCUCCUACCGGCGAGAAGCGAGAGAGGGCGAAAUUCUCGGUUUCACUUUCACGGCGAGAGAUUGAAGACGAUUUCAUGAAUUUGACAGGACAUCGGCCGCCUCGGAGACCCAAGAAACGUCCCAAGAUUGUCCAGAAACAAUUGGAUACUCUGUUUCCGGGGUUGUGGAUGACAGAAAUUACAGCUGAUAUUUACAAAGUUCCUGAUGUUCCCGAGACUGGAAAUAGGUAGUAAUUGGAGGAGGAGUUGCCAUUGUUUGUGGAAGUUUCAAGGUUCAUCUGUUUGCUGACUCCACUGGUGUAUUGGGACCUCUUAUUAGUGGUAUACUCUGCACCAUCUUUGUCAAUUGGGAAUUCGAUGAAAUUGUUGAAUUCCCGGGUAAGAUGUGGUGUAAGCUUUAGUCAGUCAUAAAGCUAAUCUUGUUAAUUUAGUCAUAUUUAAUCUUGUUUCUUGGGAAUAAAUUUGUAUAGAGAACAAAAUGGAGGAUGAUGUUUGGAGAAGGAAUUACUUCCAUGUAUUGAGCUUGUUCUUUGGAGUAUGCUAUCGCUUUAUUUUGUUCUCUUGUUGAUGAAUUGCUGAUAUUUAGCCUUAACAUUGUGUAGCAUCUAAUUGUGGAAUGUGCUUGGCUAGAUUUAGUUCAAAUUUUGGAAAUAGGAGAGAUGAGAGCAUGAGUGAGUAUUGUUUCUGUGAAAUUUUUUGAGCUUCAUCUUUCUAUAAAUACCUCAAUUGUUCCUACUCA